CACGGACCUCCUCGCGCGUCCCAAAAUACCAGGAGAGCCCCCGCCGCCUCUUCGAUUCCCCAAUCCCCACUUCCCCGUCUCUUCCACGGACCCCCAAAAAAUCCCAAAUUGCCGGCGGAACCCUAGCUCUGGUGCUACUGCCACCUCCACCGGCGGAAUCGGCGGCGGCUCCUUCCCGGCGCCACACCUCGGAGGUUGCGCUGCUCGGCCCGUCCCCGUCGCGUCCUUCCUCCGGCUACACCUUCAGGAUUUCGCGCCGCUCUCGUCCGAGGGCUUUGCACCGUCCUCUUACCUCUGUGCACAUGUGUUAUCCGUUCAUGUGCAAAGCAGGACGAUUACACCAUCAACGGGUGUCGGACAUGGACUCUUCCACCCUCCUUUGCCAGUGUUGUGUCAUGCUCGAGCAUGCCAUCAACUUGUGCCGGACACGGACUCCACAUGAAAUCCCUCCUUUGCCACAUAAUAGGCAUCGAGUGCUCUACGGAAGCAUCCAAUCUCGCUGUUCUACCAACUUCGCCGGAACACCGACCACCGGUGCUCCACCUGAGAUAGAUCCGCUGAUGGAUUUAAGUUUUCAUUCACCAACUACUCAAUUCCUCGGAGAUGAGGAUCGUUCUGUAGCUCAUGCGGAUCCAUCAGCAUGGAGAAGUUCCAUGAUUUUAAGGUUGGUGACUGGGUUACAGUCAAAGCAACAGUCCCGUCCCCAAAAUAGCCAUGCUACAGCCGAUGAAGUUAGGAUAGUUGCGAUUCAGGUUUGUGUGGAAAGUAAGCUGGUUUGCUCUACCCGCCAUGACUCAUUUAUUCUGUGCAAUUUGACAUUUUCCUGGGCCUUCUGUUUGCAGUGUGGCACAUACAAAGAGAAGAUUAAGAGACUAAUUUCUUAAUGAUUUUGAUUGUGCAGCAUAAAAUAGUUACAUGGUUAUGUUGAAAAUAGCCAUGUUUUGCAGAAGAUAAACACAAGGACCCACUUCCUAUUUUUUUUUCUAUGUCAUGUGCUUUUCCUACUGCAGGACUUUUGUAGGGAAAUUCACCAUGGGAAUUUAAAUAAUGGUUCCCUGCCCAUCAGUUUACUUUCUUGAAUUUAUUCUUCAUGCUACAGGCCACACUUUUCCUAUUUUGUUAAAGAAGUGAACUCAUUCCUAAACUUCCACAUAUGUACAUUAACACUGGGAUACUGUGCCAACCCAGCAAUACUCUGAUCCUUCUUUGUACCACUGAUGCUUCUUUGUACCACGUCCAUCUAUCUGCCUUGAACAUAUACUGUUGUUUUGACAUCUGAUUGUACCUUUCUAUGUGAAAAUGAGAAGUGCUAGGUGCACAGAAACCUGCACUUCAUAUUUCUUACAUGCAUGAUUUAUUAUGUAUGAUCCUUUUUAUAUUGCUUACACGCGUGAUUUAUCUGAUUGCCAGUAGAACUAUUUGUGUUGCCAUGUCAGUUUGGUAACUUAAUACCUUCCAUCUUAUUCAUUGAUAAUGCUUUGAAGACACCGACAAUAAAAAAGGGCAACCUGGUGCAUGUAGCUCCCGCUUGCGCAGGGUCCAGGGAAGGGUCCGACCACUUUGGGUCUAUAGUACGCAGGGUCCAGGGAAGACACCGACAAUAAUAAUUAAAUUAAAUUGUGCCUGAACAUGUCAAUUGCAAUGACAGGUUCUCACCUAUUAACAAAGGAUCUCAUUUUAAAUCAAAAUUGUGGAUGCCCAGUAGGUGGUUGGCUGAUGGAGAGUGUUGCACUGCUGCUUAUUUAAUGG